GUCUUCCGUUGGUCCGAACUAACUGAUUCACCGAAGCGGACCAAAUUAAAUGGAAAAGUUUCUGAUUUACCAGACAGAAUUUCCAGCGUAUUGAAUGUUUCUCUGUCAAAUAUAAACGUGGACGGUUACAUCUGUAACGAACGCAGUUAUCGAGAUCUAAAGCGCCUUGAAAAGAUCCUUGAAGAUGCAAAUUCUCUCCAACAACAAUCAUUAGAAGCAAAGUUCACAACAAACAAUCGAACAAAACAUUGUGUUCCUUCCGACCCUAAAAUUUCGCCUAGUGUCUCCGGGCCGUCGAAAUCGCUUUGCCAUGCGAUGGAUCAAGGAAGGACUUUCUGUUUUGAU